CACCACUUCCUUCAUUCGUUUUCUCUCUUUCUCUCUCUAGAAUUUGUGCGAUUCAAUUCAAUCAAUCGAAGAAGAUGAUGCAACCAGGAGGACCAGGUAUGCCACCACCCAACUUGGCUCAACAAUUUCAUCAACAAGUACAACAGCAACAUCAACAACAACCACCCUACAUGAUGAUGCAUCCUCCUCAGCCUCAACCUCAACCACAAACUCAACCUCCUCAGAUGUGGGCCCCUAACGCCCAGCCUCCUCAACAAUCGGCGGUUCCUCCUCCUUCCAGCGCCGAUGAAGUCAAAACUCUCUGGAUCGGUGAUUUGCAAUAUUGGAUGGACGAGAAUUAUCUUUAUAACUGUUUCUCUCACACCGGCGAGGUUGGAUCUGUUAAAGUUAUUCGUAAUAAGCAGACUAAUCAAUCUGAAGGUUAUGGGUUUCUUGAGUUUAUUAGCCGUGCUGGUGCUGAGAGAGUACUUCAAACAUUUAAUGGCACCAUUAUGCCAAAUGGUGGCCAGAAUUUCAGAUUGAACUGGGCAACUUUUAGUUCUGGUGAGAAGCGUCAUGAUGAUUCUCCGGACUACACCAUAUUUGUUGGUGACUUGGCUGCUGAUGUUUCUGAUCAUCAUUUGACGGAAGUGUUUAGAACUCGGUAUAAUUCAGUUAAGGGUGCCAAAGUUGUAAUCGACAGGACCACUGGUAGGACAAAAGGUUAUGGUUUUGUUAGGUUUGCUGAUGAGAGUGAACAAAUGAGGGCUAUGACUGAAAUGCAAGGGGUUCUUUGUUCCACAAGACCCAUGCGUAUUGGACCAGCCUCUAACAAAAACCUUGGCACACAGACUUCAAAAGCUUCUUAUCAGAAUCCACAAGGAGGGGCACAGAACGAGAAUGAUCCAAAUAAUACAACCAUUUUUGUUGGCAAUUUGGAUCCUAAUGUCACAGAUGAACAUUUGAAACAAGUUUUUACCCAGUAUGGUGAACUGGUUCAUGUUAAGAUUCCAUCAGGCAAGAGAUGUGGGUUUGUCCAAUUUGCAGACAGGAGUUCUGCUGAGGAGGCACUACGGGUUUUAAAUGGUACACUUCUAGGUGGUCAAAAUGUCCGGCUUUCAUGGGGCCGAAGCCCGGCAAACAAGCAGACUCAACAAGAUCCAAACCAGUGGAAUGGUAGUAGCAGUUACUUCGGCGGUUAUGCCCAAGGUUAUGAAAAUUAUGCUUAUGCCCCUCCUGCUGGACAAGACCCAAAUAUGUAUGGCAGUUAUCCGGCGGGGUAUGCAAGUUACCAACCUCCUCAGCAGCAACAGCAAUUAGGAUAUAGUUAAAAAGUUCAGCCCCACAUUUUCUAUUCUGUACUUCUGAGACUUAAUUUUGGUUGCCUUUCUUUUUGUGUCUUGUGAAACUUUAUUUUGAGGGGAACUUGAAACCCAUUUUGCUCCGUUGUUUAUUUAACUUGUCUCCUGUGUUCGCUAAAAACAUUUAUAUUCUAUGCGGACCUUAUGUAUCCUUAAAAUAUUUGCUUGCUAUCUAUAUUUUAUGAAUUGCCGCAUUUUCAA